AUGGCUCAAACCAAGACCAUCAACGUAGCUGCCUUUUCAGCAGACUACCUGGGGAGAGUCGGCCGAGCAAACUCCGGAGGCAUUUCCGUGGGAGGUAUGAUCACCCAAAUUGCAUUGCAUUUCGGGUAUCAGGCUGUUUUACUUGAGGACACGCCAAUUGCAGGUAAUACAAAAAUUGACAUGUCUGCUCUGAUUUCCCAAGGUAUGAUUGCGGUUGACCCUACCUACUAUUCCAUCCUCAUUCAUAAAAGGUUUAUCAUCGCUCAGCCGGAUCCGGACAGAGUUGCUAUCACUGACUGUGCGAAUUGGUUAUAUGUGAGUGUCGAUCCCGAUGCGGAUGAAGGCCACGAAGAUGACCACUUUAAUGCAGCAAUUUUGUUUACGAGCAGUGUUGUGUUAUCAAAUAUCCGUAACUGCGGCGCUAUGGUAGGUAUACGUGGCAGUUUUCGUACUCGCCACAGUAUGGAGAGGUUUUUGCUGUUGUUGAUGUUUGGAGGGGUUUUUGCGUGUUAUGAUAAUAUGACUAAAAGAGGUGGAAAAGCUAAGGUAUUAGCACCAGGAAAACUUCAAGAAGAACGAAAUCGCAUAAUUAACAAGAAGCAUAUCGUUAGGAAACCUGCUCAAACAACAUUGUCUAUGCAGGAUGCAUCAUCGGCACCAACACCAGCUCAGGCAGCACCGUCCGUGCAGGUUGCAUCGUCGAUGCCGACAUCAGCUUCGAAAAAAUCAUUUGUGCAGGCUGCAUCGUCGAUGCCAACACCAGCUCAGGAAGCAUCGUCCGUGCAGGUUGCAUCAUCAAUGCCAACAUCAGCUUCUAAAAAAUCGUGUGUGCAGGCUGCAUCAUUGAUGCCAACACCAGCUCAGGCAGCAUCGUCCGUGCAGGCUGCAUCGUCGAUGCCAACACCAGCUCCAACUAUAGUACCUGUUCAUGCCACUACCUCUGAGAAAUUCAGUUUUAUGCCUACUCCAACUUUAAGCCAUCAAACAAUGGCUGGCCCUCAAAGUAUAAACCUUCAAACAAUGGGUAGCCCUUCAAAUUUGGCAGAGGAGGAAGAUGUGGAUGCUGAUGAGGAUGAGGCGGUGCGUCAAGAAACUAUUACCCCUCUUGUGCCAACAAUAGAUGAGAAUGGGAAAGUUAUUAUAAAACCAUCUGGUACUGGGCUAGUUCCUGCCAAAGAAGUUGCUGGUGCCAUUAAUUAUGCGAUACGCAAACAAUUUUAUAAACCUAUACAUCAUUGGUCUGCACUCGAUCCUGAUACGAAAGCUGAUUGGUUUAAGUUGUUUGGAGAGAAGGUUUCGUGGGAUCCUUUCGAUCAUGCAUUUGUCUAUAGCGCAUUUGAAAAAAAAGGAAGAAAACGAUUAAACGACAUGUUGGGGAAGGCGAGGAGAAAAGGGACUCGACCUUCAUGGAUUGGUGAUGAUGCUUGGAUUGAACUUCACACUUAUUGGAAAAAGACCGAGUUUUUGGCUGUGUCUUCUCAAAACAAUACCAAUCGAGCUUCCGCAAGAGGCGGAGCAGUCCACACCACAGGCCGUAAGGCUCAUAUUGAUGUUGCACUUCAACUUUCACGUGAACUUCAAAGGGAUCUGCGUCCCGAUGAGUUAUUUUUAAAAACACACAAGAGGAAAAAUGGUGAAUGGGUUGACAGUCGUGCUGCAUCUACUUAUAAGACUUUUAAAGAGAAGUUUGAUGCAGAACUUCAGCCAACUGAAGAAGGGAAUGGAGAGGUUGUUCAAGUGUUAGAUGGAGAGCGUGUAAAUCAGCUAUGGACAGAGGCUGCUGGGGGCCGUAACCGUGGUCGGGUUUAUGGCGCUGCAGAUUUAGCUAUUAAUCUAAAACGUGGAUCAAAAAGUUUUACCCAACAAUCUCAAACUCCUCAACACUCUAUGUUUGGGAUGUCAUUAGAAGCUGAAAGAGCAGCUAGAAUUAGAGCUGAACAAAUUGCCGAGGCUGCAACGACCCAAUUACAAGAGGCUAACGAAGCAAUGCGAGCUGCUACCGAGGCUGCAAAAGCUGCUACCGAGACUGCACAAAGGAUGGAGAGGGAGAUGAAUGCUUCGAAGGAAUUUAUGAUGAAGAAAUUUGACACUUCAACUUUUGUAUCACAUUCUCAUCAUUAUGAUGACGAUUUGGAUGAUCAAUCAUUAGAUGAAGAUUGA